AAUAGUAGAGAAGCAGCGUGAAAUAGCCAUCUGAUGAUUGAUUGAAAACGCAAUUCUUCACCGCUCGGACACCGAUUCCAUUUCUGGAGGGGUUUCUCCAGAGGGAGAUUGCUCUGACUUUAACUCUAAGACCCUGUGAAUACGUAUAUCUUCGUGGGCUCGGUGUUUAUGAGAGCAGCAUUGUUUCUAAUCGGAUCUAUUUCAGCUCGGUUCCUCCAAUUCAUUGCAUGCAUGGGAAGCAAAUGUCAUUUGUAACAGAGCAGUGGUUGUUUGGGAUCCGAUAGUAAAACCAAAUUAACUUCCUCAGUUCAUGAGCCAUUGAAUGGGCAGGAAUAUCUAGAUCAGGUAGUCCAUAAAGCUAAACUUUCAAAGGAUUUUUGGACAACCAGCACGUGUGACAUGGAGAGCAACAGUGCCGCUCAGUCACGAGGAAGCAUCUCGUCAAUUAGUACAUCUACCCAGGCACAUGAUGCUCAUGGCGCUGCAAAUACGAACGAACAUUCCGAAUUUGUAAAUCAUGGAGUCCUUCUCUGGAGCCAAACCAGACAGCAAUGGGUUGGACAUAAAAUUCCCGAGAAACCAAAACAGCUGCUUGAACCCAAAUUAAGUUGGAAUGCUACCUAUGAUAGUCUGCUGGGAAGCAACAAGCCAUUUCCCAAGCCUAUUCCACUUGCUGAAAUGGUAGAUUUUCUUGUGGAUGUUUGGGAGCAGGAAGGAAUGUAUGAUUGAGAUGUUGCAAACGAUGGCUGCGCAUAAAUCAAAGGAGUAGGGCUUGUUAGGAUGACUAAACUUGCUUUGGUUCGUGACGAAGAGGUUACUUGGUGGGGUGUUUUGUAAAUGAGAUGUAAUAUACUCGGUUUACAUUUAAACGGAACUCUUGUGCUUGGAAAGUUGUCCACAUUUGUAAAAAUUGAUGACUCUUCUGGUUUUGGCAGCGGAUGUUUAUUUCUUAUGCUCUAUUAAUUCGAUUAAGGGAAAAGAAGAGGAAAUUCCACAUUUAAGCCGA